GCCUGAUUUCGGACCCAGUUGCAACCUCAACACUCAGAUGCAGUCCUCCAAUUCGCCAGUGUUUUUGCAGUAAGACAUCAGAACAAAGAUGGCACCUCCAUUGCGCUUGAAUGCAGUGGCGUUUAUAUCACCUCAAAACCACCCGAUCCUCAUUCGUACAUUCGAAAAAGGGGACGAGCUGAAGUACCACUAUGUAGCCCACACUAGCCUCGACGUCAUUGAGGAACGAACAAAUGGCCCAACAAAAUCCAAUGAGUGCUACCUCGGGCUUCUCUACGCCAUGGAUGACAUAGCUGCCUAUGGGUACAUCACGCCUCUCAAAAUGAAGAUUGUUCUCGCCCUCCCACUCACAGACGCUGUCGUGCGUGAUGCAGAGGUGACCAUGAUAUUCAAGGCCCUUCACUUGGCCUACUAUCACGCCUCAUCGAAUCCCUUCCUCCAACUUCACAAUACACCCACGGGCGUUGGGGGUGCCAAGUGGAAGCGCUUCAGGCAGAAAGUGGACGAGAUAAGUAGGGCUGUCGGGGGUGGGAGUCUGCCUUCAUGAACUAUGCACUUGACCCGACCGAGGUAAUGACUUCAAGAAGAAUUGGCAUGAACUGCCGGUGAUGGCUUCGGCCAUCCUUGUGAUAGGACGUGGUCAUGCUACUCGUAUGUUACGCGCGAACCGAAAUGGAGCAAACCCUUCUAUUGACUCAGAUGUCUAGCGAGCACCGCGUCUGAGACAGAUACGGGGUUGAUAUGCAAUGCAAUGGAUUCAUUUCCUCAUCCGUCUCCCAUCACUAGCUCCUCUCAUGUAUUAUGUGGGGACAACUCUUGCGAUACGUCAGUCAAUAAUACAUGGUCGCCAGAGUACUGGCAAGUGACAGUGACCAAUACCACUUAUUAAAGAUAUCACAAGCGAAGAUGAACCUGGUCACAUCUGACCACCAUCCGCCAUGCUCAGGCACCUGCAGGUUUUAGCUGGC